AUGUCAAAUAAAUAUACAAAGGAAUCUCCACCACAAGUGCCUCCAGGAUGGGUAGCUGUAUGGGAUGAUGAAUAUGAAACCUUCUUCUUUGUUAAUGAAAAGACCAAAGAGUCAACUUGGGAACUUCCUACAGAACCUGCAAUUCAACCACCAAGUUAUGAACAAAGCACAUCACGUCCAGCAGCUCAGCAAACAAGUGCACAUACGAGACCUUCAAAUCGUCCUCAAUCCACAAAUGCUAGUUCUUCAAGACCAUCAAGAUUAGAAACAGAGACAGAGGAGAGAAGGGCAUCAGCAAGAAGAAGAAAUUCACCAAGUUUAGGUGGUCUGGGUGCCGGAUUGGGAGGUGCUGCUCUCGGAGGUGCCUUACUUUCAGGUUUGUUAUCUAGUGGAUCAAAUAGACAUGGUUAUUCAGAUUAUGGGUAUGGUGGUCGUCAUGGAUAUGGAUCAGGUUUAGGACGUCGUAAUAGAUCAUAUAAUGGUGGGUUGGACCUGAUGGGAUUAGGUGGGCCUUCUUAUGGUCGUUAUGGGCAUCGCCAUGAUUAUUAUGAUGAUCCAUUCACCAGUGGUGGAGGAUUAUUGUUUGGAGGUGGUGGUGGAAGACGCCAUCAUCAUCAUGGAGGUGGUGGAUUAGGUAUGAUGGGUGGUGGACCAUUUGGGGGAGGCCCAUUUGGAGGAGGAGGAGGAGGUUUAUUUGGAGGAGGGUUUGAUGAUGAUUGUUGUGGUAGAUGUCAUAGAAGAUGUGGAGGAAGAUGCGGUGGAGGUGGUGGAUUUGGGUUUUUCUAA